AGCUGUUACUUACUCUGUUUUAUUUCUCAGAGUAUCUUGAUGAAAGCAUGUUGAUACCGAAACAUACCUCUGUUAUAGUUCGUCGGGUUCUUGGAAACCUUACAUUGCCGAUUGUAGUUGAAAAAGACAAGUACGACCUCCUUCUUCAGUCUUAUGUUUUUGUAUUGGUGAACUAAUUCUUAAGUAAGGGUUGCUUUUAUAUUGUUCAAGAAUGGCUUCAUUUAUGUCACGGUUUCAAAAUUCGAUGAAUCGGAUAGGGAUUCAGCUGAUUUGCCUUGAAACUCAGCUAAUAUUCAUACCAAAAUUCCAUUGAAUCGGUGGGUUUUCUGAUCAAAUUGCCAAUUCUAGGGUUCUUAGGACGGAUUCUGGACAAUUCCAAUCUGAUUUGAAUCAGAAUCGGCAGGGACCGAUUCAGUCACCGAGCCUUAACAACAGCCUGGACACAUCUCUCUCUUCGACUCUUCCUCUCUCUGCGUGUAUUUGUUUAGUUCUACUUUUGCCUCUAGGAGAAAGAUAGUUGGUCAUCUGUCCUAACAGAGUGAGAUGGUUUCUAUGUAUUUCGCAUUGCAGGAAAAAAUUUAUAGAGGAUAAGGUGGAGGCUACACAGGCCAAUAGUAGCUUUGACGCGGCACAGUCGGCCUUAACAACUACUUCGAUACAUCUAUCUCUCUCCCCUUUAUAUAGGAUGAGGUGGAGGUUUUGCAGGCCAACAAUAGCUGCUUAGAUGAGGCACAGUCAUCCGUUAUGAAAUUUCCUGAGGAACUGGACUUGGAUGAUUUUGGUGAUGAUGUUUAUGCCGAUCCAAAAGUAUCGCCAGUUUGGUCCAGCAACCCUGUGGUGGAUGCUCCCUGUCCAAGUGAAACUGAUGAGGAUAGGAGGAUCAAGGCAUUAGUUAAUACUCCAGCAUUGAAGUGGCAGAGGCCAAGUCAAAAGGGUCUCUGCUGUGGUAGAGAUUAUGGAAGGGGCACAGGAAGAAGAAUGAUGGGUGCCCUGGGUUAUGGCCGGGCUGGGCUGGAUGCGAUGACACCUCUGCAGGGCUGUGUAUGUCAUAGAUGCAAUAUUUCUGGACAUUUUAUACAACAUUGCCUACAAAUGAUGAUCCCAACUAUGACUUUAAAAGAGUGAAAUCCACAGUUCGUCCGGUUGCUGUUUUGAAUGAGGCGGCUUUUGAGAAGGAAUUUGAAAGGUUGCCUUCCACCAAAUCUUUCACCAAUUUUCCACCAGAACUCCACUGUCCUAUGUGCAAGGAAGUAAUGAAAGCUGCUAUGCUCACACGCAAGUGCUGUUUUAUGAGUUUCUGUGACAGGUGUAUCAGGAACCACAUUAUUUCAAACUCAAUGUGCUUUUGUGGGGCCACAAAUGUGCUUGAAGAUGAUCUCUUGCCUAAUGUGACCCUCAGGGAAACCAUCACUAGUAUCUUGGAAAAUUCUGGUAGCAUGAAAAUCCAAGGUACAGACUCUGCCUGUCAUGAGCAGUCCAAACUUUUAUCUUCCACUAUUUCUUUUGCAUCAAGUGGAGAUAAGAUCUCAUCACCAAACAAGGAUCGAACUUUAUAUAUAAAGGAGAUAACAAAUGAAGAAAAGGAUAUCACCGAUGCCCCACAAUCUUCUUUGGAGGAUGGGACUGGUGCACCAGUGACUCUGAACAAGAACGACGCGCUGGAGGAGCUGGCUUCCAAUGUUCCAGGAAAAGAGAAAAAGAAAAGCUGCUUGCCAGUAAAUGAUGGGGACAAUCAGGGGAGUAUCCCUCCGGAUCUUGUAUCUGGAGACUGUAUGUUGCCUCUUUGCUCUUCAGCUUAUAAUCCACAUGGGGUGAACAUACCACUUGGAAUGGAUGGUUAUAUGGCUUGUUAUUUUGGUGUUACUUCCCACUGGGGUUAUGCUGCUUCCUACUUUAACGUUCCUGUUGGACCUAUGUCUCAAUUCUCUUUUGUUGGACAUUGGGAUUUGUUGUCACAUCAAAGGAAUCUAUCAGAAAGAGUUUGGAUGUCAAACCCUUCAAACCCAAUAUCUCGAGUCAUGAGAAAAGAUGAGUCUGAGGCCAAGAUUUCUGAGCCGAGGAGGAAGCAUAAGAUAAAGCAACAUGGAGAAAGAAGAUGUUCUGGCAGACAACGCUAUGAUCAAGUGAAUAACAGUGUUGAUGUUUCUUCGGUGAGAUCCAAACCUUUAGUGGUUGCAGAACAUGAACAUCACAAUGACCAGUUCCACCAAGCUGAAAGGCAAGUAUGGAGAGAUCAGUGCACAAGUUAGAGGCAGUCCAGCUCCAUGAACGGCCCUACCAAUAUCAAAAUCAAGAUCAUCAUCAUGACAAGGCUGCAGACAGUAAACGGAAGGGUAGUGAGCUCUCGAGUGCAACCUUCACUGGUCAAGAUAUCAGCAAGAAGAGGGAGUUGCCUCCCAGAGAGGCUGGUAAUCCCAACAAGAAGUAACUGCUAUCGUGUUCGAUGGAAACAUCUGUAUCUAGUGGCCAGAGAGAAUACAGAAGCACCUUUGAUCACGAUUGGAGCGAUGAUGAUGAUGAUGAUCAAAAUUUCAAAAGGAAGCCCUCCUGGUAUCAAUCAUUACUGACAUUUCAAGAGCGAGCAAUCCCAAUAUGAACCAAUAGUCCCACUAUGAUGCCUACUCGAGAACCGGAAUUUUAACAGGAAGACCUGAUGGGCAUAUAUAAGUGGAUUGGGUUUGGGGUGGGGGUCUUAUUCUUUAUUGUGUGUAAUUUUUUUUAGAAUAGAUGGUUUUCAUUACAUCCUUGUAAACUGUAUAUAAGAUACAGUUGUUUCUUUAAACUUUCUUGUAUGGAUAUUUGUUACUUUUUAUGGCAAUGAAAGAUGCAUUAGGAUUCGUA